UGCGCAAGCUGGCCGUGAACAUGGUGCCCUUCCCGCGCCUGCACUUCUUCAUGCCCGGCUUCGCGCCGCUCACCAGCCGGGGCAGCCAGCAGUACCGCGCGCUGACGGUGCCCGAGCUCACCCAGCAGAUGUUCGACUCCAAGAACAUGAUGGCCGCCUGCGACCCGCGCCACGGCCGCUACCUGACCGUGGCCGCCAUCUUCCGGGGCCGCAUGUCCAUGAAGGAGGUGGACGAGCAGAUGCUGAACGUGCAGAACAAGAACAGCAGCUACUUCGUGGAGUGGAUCCCCAACAACGUGAAGACGGCCGUGUGCGACAUCCCGCCCCGCGGGCUCAAGAUGUCGGCCACCUUCAUCGGCAACA